AUGGAGCCUUAUGACACAACAUUUCUGUCUUUCGGUGGGUCUGAGCCUUUUUCUGGAGCUCGAGGAAGAAUGGUAAGAAUCGAAGACGGCAGUGUUGAUGGACGACGUGGAUCACCAAGUGAAGUAUUCUCGCAGGAGAUCAAUGAUGCACACAAGAAAAGUAAUCGGAAUGGUUCAGGGUAUGUGUUGAUUUUGCAUGCUUAA